AUCAUAAACAUCCAAAUAAAUACGUAAUUACAAGUUGCAUUUGGAAGGAAAAGAGUAGUAGGAGGGAGAACAAUGGAGCGGUUGGAGGGCCAUACUUCAGGUGGUCUGGGGUGAUCAUGUCAUCUCAACUGGCACAAAGGAUGAGUAAGGGAUCGGGGGAGAGCUUUCCACAAGACCUUUCGUGAAUCAGAGGAACUGAGAGUAUGCCAGUGGGGCUCUGCAGCGGGUGGGUGAGUGGGCGAGGUCGACUGGGGGCCAGGUCUUGCAGAGCCUCAAAGGUCAUGUGGCUGGGAGGACAGAACUGCCUGUCCCCCCGCAAAAAGGAGACAUCUUCCUGCCAGAAAACGGGAAAAUGGUUGACCUAAGGGGAUGUGCUUGGGAUGUACUUAAUAUCCCGUCCCUAUGAUGUUGGUGGUCACCAUGUUUUCCGGGCCACCGGGGAGGCCUAAGAGCGAUGACCAAGCAGGAGCAGACAUCGAGCUGAAGCGCGCCCCGCGCAGGGGCAGCCUGGCACCCUCGCGCCAGCCGCGUCUCCCUCCGGGCCGCGCGGGGGCGCUGUGGCCUGGCGGCGGCCCGAGGCGCUGCGUGGUCGCGGCCGGGGGCGGAGGGGCGGCCCCCGGGAGGGAGGCGGGAAGAGCACUGCACUUCCGCUAGCCGGCGGCUCGCCUGCUGCUCCUGGAGGCGCCGCUGGAGCGGAGGGAGCGCGCGGCCCGGGGACCCGCAAUCCCCGGCCCCCCUCCGCCCCACGAGGCCCGGACCAUGGAUGCCAGGUGGUGGGCAGUGCUGGUGCUGGCUGCGCUCCCCUCCCCGGGGGCAGGUGGGGAGAACCCCGAAGCCCCUCCAGAGCCGUGGACCCAGCUGUGGUUCUUCCGCUUUUUGGUGAAUGCGGCUGGCUAUGCGAGCUUUAUGGUACCUGGCUAUCUGCUGGUGCAGUACUUCAGGCGGAAGAACUACCUAGAGACAGGCAGGGGUCUGUGCUUCCCCCUGGUGAAAACUUGUGUGUUUGGCAAUGAGCCUAAGGCCACAGACGAGGUUCCCCUGGCUCCCCGGUCAGAGCCAGCAGAGACCAGUCCCACUUGGCAGGCCCUGAAGCUGCUCUUCUGUGCCUCGGGGCUCCAGGUGUCUUAUCUUACUUGGGGAGUGCUGCAGGAAAGAGUGAUGACCCGCAGCUACGGGGCCACGGCCACGUCGCCAGGUGAGCGCUUCUCAGACUCACAGUUCCUGGUGCUAAUGAACCGCGUCCUGGCACUGAUUGUUGCUGGCUUCUACUGCAUCUUAUGCAAGCAGCCCCGGCAUGGGGCACCCAUGUACCGGUACUCCUUUGCCAGCCUGUCAAAUGUGCUCAGCAGCUGGUGCCAAUAUGAAGCUCUCAAGUUUGUCAGCUUCCCCACGCAGGUGCUGGCCAAGGCCUCCAAGGUGAUCCCUGUCAUGCUGAUGGGAAAGUUGGUGUCUCGGCGUAGCUAUGAGCACUGGGAGUAUCUGACAGCCGGCCUUAUCUCCAUCGGGGUUAGCAUGUUUCUGCUGUCCAGCGGACCGGAGCCCCACAGCUCCCCAGCCACCACACUCUCAGGCCUCAUCCUGUUGGCUGGAUACAUUGCCUUUGACAGCUUCACCUCCAACUGGCAGGAUGCCCUGUUCGCCUAUAAGAUGUCAUCGGUGCAGAUGAUGUUUGGGGUCAACUUCUUCUCCUGCCUCUUCACAGUGGGCUCCCUGCUAGAGCAGGGGGCCCUCCUGGAGGGGGUCCGCUUCAUGGGCCGGCACAGCGAGUUUGCUGCGCACACUCUGCUGUUGUCCAUCUGCUCCGCAUGUGGCCAGCUCUUCAUCUUCUAUACCAUUGGGCAGUUUGGGGCUGCCGUCUUCACCAUCAUCAUGACCCUCCGCCAGGCCUUUGCCAUCCUCCUCUCCUGCCUCCUCUAUGGCCACACUAUCACUGUGGUGGGGGGCCUGGGGGUGGCUGUGGUCUUUGCUGCUCUCCUGCUCCGAGUCUAUGCCCGGGGCCGUCUAAAGCAGCGGGGAAAGAAGGCUGUACCUGUUGAGUCAUCUGUGCAGAAGGUUUGAGGGACCUGAAGGAUGAAGUGAAUAGGACCCACUGUACCAGUUUCCUCUCCUACUGUAACUUCUCGGAGGUGGCUGGCUUCAGGGCAAAGUGCAGGUUUCUCAGUAUUACAAACCAGCACUGGGGGCAGGGAGCCCCGAGGCAGGCAGCCUUCCCCUUUACCUUAGGCACCCCUUCCUCUAGAGGGCAGCAUUCUGGCGGUCCCCAGGUGAAGGUGAGGGGGGAGGUGUGGCUUGUGAAGAAGCAGGCACUUAACAGAUCCCCUCCCACCAUGGCCCCUACGGUGAAUAUCUAUCCUCUCAGACUCAGAGACCUGCACUUCAUCUCCGGUGAGAGAAGCACAAGCGCGUCACAGGCUCCACAUGCCAUUUUCCUGGGAAAGGAAGUGGAAGGUGCUGUGCCGUGGGAGGGGCUUGGCUGUCCUGCCCAGCACCACCUCCCUCUGUGCUCCCGGAUCCCUAGGCUCUCCUUGAGCCUGUUGCAGGUUUUGGUACUUCGGAAAUGUAACUUUUGCUCUUAUAAUUUUAUUUUAUUAAAUUAAAUUGCUGCAA